UUCGUUUUACAAUAAUAGACCGUGGCUGCAGAGAGAUGCGGUGAACGACACCGGCUGUUGCUGAUGGAGUCUGACCAUGGAUGAGGACCUUGACCCUGGCGAUGAAAAUGUAAACGUCGUCUUGGCUCAGGAAUCCUCCGAACUGUUCCACAUCCUCAGCAGUCAGUCGCCCGACGUCAUAAAGAAGUUGUGCCUAAUGAUGCCCGGUGGUGAUAUGUGGAGCGUUGAUGCUCAGCUCGAAGCCCCCCCUCGCUCCUCUGCAGCAGGUAUCAAAGAUGUGUUGGACUAUUUCAGCAUGGCCGAGGCCGUGGAUUGCCGCAAUUUCCUCCAAAGCAUGUGCAUGCUGUGUGAGAAUAUCCCCAUGCGCCUGGAAUCUAGGCUAAUGUCAGCGGCUGGAAAUGCAAAUAACGUUUGUGAAAAUUCCAGCCCCGCUGUAACGUAUGAGGAGUCGUCAUCAUCGCAUUCAGAGCCGCAGCUUAUCAAACGCCCACGGAUUGACUACUGGGAGCAGUACGUUGCUGCAGUGAUGAUUUUACUGCUGAGGAGGUGGGAGCGACUGAGUGAGGGCCUUGUGAAGGAGGUCCAGCUGGAAAAUGUGUGGGUCAACCUCAGGACGGCAACUAGAGGCAGGGACAGACCUGAUCAAACCCCGGGACCGACAGACAGAGGGAGCAGAACACCAGAGCCUGAUGGAGAUUUUGGGUCUUUGGAGUCCAGAGUGACACUGGAGACCUUCCUCCAGGGAUGUGCAGGAAAGGUGACGGUCCUCGUUGGCCCGGCUGGAUCAGGAAAGACUCUGCUGACGUCUUGUUUAGGUCGGGAGUGGGCACGCGGUCUUGGCCCAAUCCCUUCAUCCCGCCUGUUUGUCCUGUUAGAGUUUCGUUUGCUCAAUCUCUUGUCCAGCCCUCUCUCCCUGUCAGAGCUGCUGUUCCAACACUACCUCCCUCCAAAAGGGGGCGACGAGGAAAAGAGAGCCGUUGUGGAUUACCUCCUUUCCAAUCCAGAGCAAAGCUGUUGGGUGCUCGAUGGCUACGAUGAGUUUAACAGCAAACUCACCAGACAUGAGGUGCCGGGAGAACGGUUGGACCCAGAAAACCCCUUGCCUGUCGCCAAGCUCAUCUCAGCACUAUUAUAUCGUCAGCUUCUCCCAGGAUGCACUGUGCUGGUCACCUGUCGCGUACGUGAUGUCAUGGAUUUGGACGACGUAUCAGAUAAAUCGGGGCAGCUGAUGGGAUGGGACUGCCAUCAGAUCAAGGAGUAUGUGGACAACUUCUUUGGAGUAAAAGGUGACUCCACAGACAGAGCCCUGGGAUUGCAGGCUGCAGACCUCCUCCUUUCUAGCCGACACCUCCUAUCCCUGUCGAACCUCCCAGCCCUCUGCAACAUCUGCUGCAUCUGUCUGAAGCAUCUGCUGCUGGAAGCUAAAGAGUUGGGAACAACAACAAUACAUUCCAGAGAAGAAGAGGGAGGAAACGAGACAAGAAGAAAAGGUACAGGACCGGAACCAAGAGGAGGAAGAGAAGACUUUGCCACUGGUGGGACGAAUGACAGAGACCAGUCACCUCCCACACAAGUCCUGAUACCCGCCACUCUCACCCAGGUCUACCUCAAUGUUCUGUGUGCAUUUCUGAGCCGUGGCUCUGAUGAAAGAAGAAAAACUGUCAAAGCAAAGACCACGAAAUCCUCAAAAUCUCCACAGAGAACUGUCUGUCGGCCUUCAGCUCUGGGUCAGUAUCGAUCAGAGUUAUGUGAGCUAAGUCGAUUGGCCUGGAAAGGUUUAGAGGAGAGCAAGAUCCUCUUCUUGAAAGAAGAUGUUCCUCACAAUGUUUUGGAUUUUGCCAUCAGGACCGGGCUCCUCUCACAGGUGGAGCUCAGACUUGACAACGGGACGCCCGCCUACUGUUUCAUUCAUCUGACAAUACAGGAAUUUUUGGCUGCACUCAGGAUCAUGACCAGUAAAGAUGUCAGUGACCAGCAGCUCACGAAAAGAUUCAGUCUGAAAACUCGUUGGACGACCCGGUCAGAGCAGAGGACAGUCUUCACUGACUCUCUGCACCUGUACGUGUGUGGUCUGGCUUCCUGUAACUGCACUCAGGCCUUAGUUCAGUUAGCCAGGGCUUCUGGUCGAGCAGGAGCACAAAGUUGGGUCCAAACACGACAAGCCCUAGUUCUGAAACUCCUGAAGAACCUGUGCCUCAGCAACACCCUGACUGGACCCAAGAUACUGGAGCUCUGCCAGUGCGUCCAGGAGAGCCAGGAACACAAACUGGCCAAAGAGGUUGUGGGUACAAGAUGCACUCUGGAGCUGCGCAACAUCCAACUGUUACCGAAGGAUAUUGAUGCUCUGGCAUUUGUAGUUAACUCAGUAGGUGAUAGAGGUAUUGGUCUGGACUUUGGAUCGUGCUCAAUGGAGCCGGAGUGUUUAGAUGUCCUGCCAAGGUGUCAGUUCAUUAACCACCUCAGUUUUCGCAGGCGCAAAUAUGGCGACAGGUUUGCAGAGAAGUUGUCCUCCGUUCUGCCUGAAUUCACAACCCUGAGGAAACUAGAGUUUUGUGGUUCCAGUCUGACUUCCACCGGAGCAGCUUGUUUGGCCUCUGCUCUGCAGAAGUGUCCAGACAUUACUGAAAUCAAUUUCAGUGACAACAACUUGAAAGACGAAGGGAUCAAACACGUGGCUGACAUCUUUACCAAACUACCAAAACUGGUGUCUGUCACGCUGAGUCGUAACAAAAGCUCCCUGAAAACUGUGGACUAUCUCGUUGGGAAAAUGUCUUCGUGUUCGAACAUCCAGCAGGUUCACGCAGAUGCGAAGAAAGAAGUGCAAGUAACUUUCUCCCAAACCUCAGAUAUGGAGGGCCAUAAAAAGACUGAAGCAACAGUCCGCUUGUUGAACCAGAAAUGGAACAAGCCUGAUAUGCAGAAAGUUGCCAAUUCAUUGACUUGUUGUCCUGCUCUGUCUGUCCUGGAUUUGUCUGGAGGCCAGUGGAAUGUGGGAACUCUAAAGACACUGGCUCAGUGUUUGCCAAAGUUUAAUGUCACCAACGAGAUCAUUCUCAACGGCAGCUGCUCUUCGGUGGAGGACCUGGUGGUUCUGACUGCUCUGCUGUCUCACUGCCCUGCUGUGACCGAGCUUCACAUCAGACUUCAGUCUGAUCCAGAUCCUGUUCCGGUGUCUAUACUUUUCUCUGGAGGGAGCAAAAAGCCUGCAAACACUAAAACGCUCUGUCUCAGCUGCUGUGGUCUGCUUCAUACGGAUCUGACCAGAGUUUGGAGGAGUUUGGGGAAGUCCUGUGAUCUCACUGAGCUAGAUUUGUCCAGUAACUGUUUGGGAGACAAGGGUCUGAGGAAGCUGCUGGAUGUCCUGCCUCGUCUUAGCAACAUCCGGGAAAUCAAUGCCAGUAACAACAGCGUCAGCAUGGAGGGUGUGGUGAUGCUGGCUGAUGCUUUGUGCUCAAGGAACAACUUAGCAGAAAUCCACAUCAGCGAUGGGGGGAGGGAGCAGGUGAUCCUGAAGUUCUGCUCUGACCAAAGUGAUGACGAACAGCAGCUGAAGAUGUUCAGGAUGAGGAACAGCAGCCUCCGGCCCUCUGAUGUAACCACACUGUGCAGGAGACUGAUCCAGUGUGGCUCCGCCCUCGAGUUAGAUUUGUCUUGCUGUUCAAUGAGUGACGGGGCGAUCCAGAAUCUGCUCAAGGUUCUACCAAAGAUGGCGUCGCUGCAGAGACUCAAUGUCAGCUACAGCAUCACCUCAGCAGCCGGGGCGGUGAUCAUGGUCCGUUGUUUGAUGGACAUUCCACGCGUCACAGCUCUAGAGCUCAGGCCUCAGAGUGAAAGCUUCAUCCAUUUUGACAGAGUGAAGGCAGAGCAAGUCAGCUGCAGGUUAACUAAUUUUAACCUGUCCAGCGACAACAUGGAGCAGCUGAUUAAGAUCCUGCAGCGGGUUCCUCAGCUGUCUCACCUGGAUUUAUCGAGUAACCAACUGAGGGAUGAAGGAGUGAAGCGUUUCAUUGAUUCUCUUCCGAAGCUUAAAAUCAACAGCUUUGUCAAUCUGAGCAACAACAGCCUGACCCAGCAGGGACUGCUCGAUGUGGCCGGGUCACUUUGUACCUGUGGCGACGUCGCUGCUGUAGAAGUCAGUCUGGGGGCAGAGGAGAGGUGUCUUAUCUGGUUCAGACAAUACGGAGGUUGUGAAAAAUCUCUGAGUGUCAGGGACAGCGGUUUGGAACGUGAACAUCUGGACAGAUUGGCAGAGAUUGUGUCUCACUGUCCUCGUCUGACCAAACUGGAAUUCAAGAACAAUUCACUGCAGCCUGAGGGGAUCGAAGACUUUGUGAGAGAGUUGAACGUCGGUCAGAGUGGAUGCAGCAUCAGUUUUGACGAGUGUUGGAUCAGAGGUGCGAAAGCCGUUAGUUUGGUUAGUAGCUGUCUGGAGCUCAAACACAACAUUCAGACAAUCAGGGUGCACCAGACCACACUGCACCUGUUUCUGAUGAAAUCCACAGGACCGACCUCAGUCAGCCUUGCAGGCUGUGCAGUUGAGGGACGUCAGCUGUCUCCUCUGAAGAGCAUCAUCCAGAGGUGCCCUUUACUCACAGAGCUGGAUUUUUCCCACAACAGCCUGGAUGCAGAGGGAGUGAAGUCUCUCUGCUCUGUUCUGCCCUCGCUGCCCAAACUCACCUCCCUCAGUGUUGUUUCCAAGGAGACGUGUAAUACUGUGGUUGAGAAGCUGUCAGAGGCUUUGCUGCACGCUACAACUGUUCAGUGCCUCAAUCUAUCAGGUCAUGUGAUUAGUGACACAGCAACUCAGACGAUGAUCAGAAUACUCCCCCGUUUACGAUCGCUCAAUUUGUCUCAUUGUUCGUGGUCCGCGGCUGCAGGGCUGCAGCUCGUCAAAGCACUGGGGCAGAGUGUCAGUCUGGAAGCUCUUUGUCUGGACUCGGUGCACCUGGAUGGAAACAGCAGGGCGUGUCUGGCACAAGUUAUGAAGAAGAUCACGUCUAUUCGCAGUCUCAAGCUCAAUAAGGUUGUUGCAGUGGGGGAACCCUCAGAACAGAAAAGUGUGCUGGAUCUUCUAGCUGCUCUGGAACAACUGGCACUAAUGGAGGAGAUAGAGUUGGACGGCUGGAGGAUGUCUGAUAGAGUCGAACAGCUGAUCAGACUCCUUCCUCUCUGGACACAGCUCAGGAAGAUCAGUCUGUCAAAGAACCUCAUCAGCGACCAAUCAGGAGACAAGCUGCUGGAGGCUCUGAGCAGCUGUCAUCAUCUGGAGGAGCUCGAUCUGAGUAGCAACCAUCUUGGUGACAUCACUGCUGCCAGAAUGGCUCUUGUUCUACCAUUGCUGACGCACAUCACAGUGCUGGAUAUUUCAGACAACUGUAUUGGAAAUGAAGGGUCGGUGAAUCUGUCUGAAGCGAUGAAGAGCAUGAAGAACCUCACCAAGAUUCAUUUGACCUCUGUUGGGACAUCUGAGCUUUGUGCUGUAGCUGCAGGUCUGGCUCACUGUCCACUCAUACAGGAUGUUGGUCUGGGAUGGAAUAACUUUGGUGAUGACGUGGUGCUGGAGCUCGCCAGAGUUUUACCCUCCUGUCACAAUCUGACCAGAAUAGAUCUGGAGUCCAACAGUGUGAGUGUUGUUGGAGUGGAAGCUUUGGUUAAAGCCUUACAGUCGUGUCCCGCUCUGCAGCUCAUCAGGCUGUGGAGGAACGACGUGUCCUCCGUAGAAGCUCAGAGGCUGAUUGUGAAGGACAAGAGGCUGAAUUUCUCUUCCACCUAACGGGAAGGAAGUAGUUCUCAGGAGGAGCUUUAAAAAGUGGUGGUAGUGCCACAAAAUGUGUUUUCCCUGCAGAAUAUUCAUAAGAACACACAAACUAUGCUCAUACAGAAGAUGUGUCCAACUUCAAAUGGUACUGAGCCCUGGUCAGUUGUGUAUUCAACGACGGCAGCUGCUGGUGUUGUACCAGCAUGAAUGUUUAAAACACCACUGUGUGGUUUAUGCACUAGUGUACAUGAAAUGAUUCCCUUUUAGUAUUUCUCUGAGCUGUAGAUUUUGUCUUAAGAGUUGAUCUUGGGAAUGUUCCGCUGAAUGUCUUUGCGAAAGAGUUGAAAUUGAAAAUGUUUGACGAUGCACUAACCAGCGUCUAGUGCCACAGCAGUGAAUUCACAUCAUCAGUUAUAGAGCACUUUCAAACAAGACAACAACUUGUUAAGGAGGUACGUAAAUAAUAACGGGUAUAAUAAUAAUAAUAGAGAUGAAAGACCAAAGGCACCUCAAGUUAGGAAUACGCUUCCAGAAAAAUGUCUGAUUAAGCUCAGAUUUGAAAGAAGAUGCCAUAUUUCCUCAGGCAGUUAAUUCCAGAGCCUCGAGGUCCUGAUGCCAAAAACUCUGCCCCCUAGUGUCAGAAUAGGGAGUUAAAACAUACAAACUGGGGAGCAUUUGUGUCACACUGCUGUGAAGCUAGAGGCCCUGAGAUAAGGAUUCCUUGAUUUCUAACACUGCUGUGAGAAAAAACAAAUGAAAUAAUGAGUAUAUAUUGUAUGUAUUUAUGGAGACAGACUCUGGGACUCUGAGUCACUUUGCACUGAAAUGUUGUUUACUGUGCCUGGAGGCCACAUAGGUGAAAAAACACAAUAACUCACAGUGAAGACGAUGGAGGAUCCCCUCUCUGAUCUUCAUUUUAGGUUGUGGUCUCUGGACAAUGUACGUAUUUAAAUUGCAUAUUUCAUGCAUGGAAAUGAAUUGUUUCUUUUUAUUUAUGCAAUUGUAGAUUAUGUUGUUGAAUCAGGAGAGCUCUGUUUAAACAACAGUAAGAUUCGGUCUCACUUCCGAUCUCUUAAGUGGAAACUGCUGCAUCUUAUUUACUCUCCUGUUCCUGUGCGUUGUUGUCCAGCUUCUCCACUUCAUUCAGGUCAAUUAUCGUCUCGAGACGAGAUGUCGUGAAGCAGCUGAAAUGUUUAAAGUUAUUUUGCUGUAAGUGUUUGUGCUCAGGUUGAGUUUUAAAUUUCUCAAGUAAAAAAAUUGCUUCCCUUGACAUUCAUUCAUUCAUUCUGACUUGCACUGAGCCGUCACUUGAGAAUAAACAAAAGCACGACCG